AUGCUGACCACUCGCCUACCGUUGGAAAUCCUCGUGGAGAUUGCCUCGUAUCUGCGUCGCCAGAGCGAUAUCCUCGCCCUCCUCCUCACGAGUCGGCAUCUCCAUCAUGUGCUGAUAAACUCGUUAUAUAGAUUAAACUGCCGGCGUCGGCAGGCGUCCGCUUUGCGUAUCGUGGCGGGACAGGGAAAUGUACAGGCCGUGCAGCGGUUUCUCGAAACUCUCACAGCCGAGUGUGCUCGAGGUCUGGAAAGUACCGUGUGGGAAGAAAUUGACACAACGGACGACGAGAACGAAGAGACUUGGAAAUAUGUCCCUGAGAGGAGAUACUCUUCUGUUCCCGAAGUCAAAGACCAUCCAUUGAAAGCAGCAGGCUAUAGGAUCGCACACAUUGUCCAGAUCCAAAUGGCCCUGCUUGCGGCCAUUCGAGGCGGCCACAAGGAGAUUGUCACAACGCUCCUCGAUCAUGGAGCCCGGGUCAAGUUUUACUGCGGAGCUUACCAAAGGCCAACGCGAGGUUGUGGGUUUGCACGGAGGCUUCGGGGCCGUCGAGCGACGGACCCUCCGCCACUCUACCUCGCUGUCAAACAUGGCCAUGAGCAGUUGGUGGAGCUUUUGCUCGAGCGAGGCGCAGAUCCGGACAUGUAUAAGCCGUGUCCAUUGUAUCGGGCUGUUGACGAUGAGAGAUACGAUAUCAUAGAAAUGCUGUUGAAGCAUGGAGCUAUAAACCAGGAAAGCUCCCUGAAGCUGGCGGCGUUGAAGGGAAACCUGUCCAUGCUCAGAUUCCUCCUGGACAAUGGCGCACGGGCAGAUGAAGAGGGACAUUCUGCAUUAUACGUCGCCACGCGCAAGGACAAUCAAGAGAUGAUCGACUUGUUAAGAUCCAAGGGAGCAAGGCUGCAAUCGUUUACUGGGCCCGAGGGUAUCUCUUGGAACUGGGAGGACGGUGAUGGUUUCUUGCCUCCCAAAGGUGGUCCUGUCAUUUGCGAAGUGAUCUGUUACCUAGAUGAUUCUGGAGUUAAUGAGGAGGAUGAAGAGGAGGAAGAGGCAGCAGAUGAAUAG